AUGGAUCGUCUUUUGAUUCUAUAUUCUCAACAGUGCAUUCAUCCAACAACUGCUGAAAUGUGCCGAAAUUUUCUUCUCGAUAUUCUGAAAAGUGGGAAAGAAGACGUCGUUCGUUGGAGAAACCCAGAACUAUUAGAAUUCGAAAUUACUAAUGAGACAUAUUUGAGAAAACGAUUCUAUGAAAACACCGGAAAGAAUUUGAACAGAGUUAUGGUCGAUGGAAUCAAGUUCAUCAGAAAAGUACCUGGACACGAGAAUGUUUACCGUUUUUACUUCGUUCCGAAGCAUCUUCUCCCACAACUUCCACGGAAAACAUUUGCUCAGAUUGUGAGGUUUUCGACCGAAACUGCUGUUUGA